CAAAAGUACCAACCAUAAAUUUAUCGAAAUUUUAAUUUCAAUUUUUUCUGUAUUUAAUGUGUUUAAACGGUUUAACCAUCUUUAUAAUAUUGAUAAUAACUAAAUAACAACAUGUUUGAUGUGUGCUGUCGGCUAUGCUUGGAGCAGGUUCCUCUAAGCGACAUACAUUCUUUGUAUGGUAAACACAAGGAAUAUUCUAUCAGAGAAAAAAUCAACGAACUAUUCCAGAUUCAGUUUUCAGAAAUUGAAAAAUUAUCUACAGUUUGCAACCAAUGUUUGGACCGGAUUGAUACCGUCAACAAUAUUCGAAAGUUGUUCUUGGAAGCUGAUAAGAAAUUCCGGGAUCUUUUAAACAGCAAUCUCACAAAAAUUAAAUUAAAUUGUGAACCAGUAACAGUUGAGACCAAAAAGGAAAUCGGUCAAAUCGUGGUACAAAAGGAAACAGAAAACAAUGCAGAUUUCGAGAUGGUUGUCGAAGACCCGCCAGCAUUACCAAAAAAUGUGGAAAAGAUUGUGAAGAAAGAGGUCUCACAGAUGAAACGUGACUGCGAUCAGCAGACAGUUAAUCCGUCUUUUGAAGUCACUGUAUAUGAACCCGAUGCGCCAGUAAACAAAUUGAUAUUUACAUCGGCCGAAUCCGAAGAAGAAGAUUUAGUUGAUCAUGUAUCAGAAGAUGUUAAUGUAGAUGAGUUUGAUGAUGAUCUGAUUUCUUUUCAACAACACGAAAAUAAUCAAGAAGAUGGUGAACUUGUGGCCAUCGAUGAACAAGAUGAAGCCAUCUUGUAUGAAUCAGAACAAAGCUGCGAUGUUGAUUCUUUGGAUAAUUCAGCAAUUGCAGAAUUUAUAGACGUAGUUGAGGAAAAAUCACAUUCGAGUAACGAGAGUAAUUUAAAUCCUACCAAUACUGCUGAAACUGAUGAAGAACAUGAAAAUUUCGUAAUUUCGAUGAAAUUCCUAUGCAACGUUUGCAAUCAAGUUUUCAACACAGAUUUAGACCUAAAACAACAUAACAAAGAUCAACAUACAAAGGGGUAUCAUCAUCGCUGUAAUAAUUGCAGAAAGCUGUUCAAAACUGCCGAUCAACUCAAAUCUCACGCUUGUACAAAAGCUACAAGCAAAUGUUCAACAAGUCAAGUAAAACCCGCUAUAAAACCUGAGAAACAGCCGGAUUUCUCAGCUAAACCUCCACCUCGGAAGAUUACUCAAUACAAAUGUGACUUUUGUAAAACAGUAUCUAAGAGCUCUGACGCUUUGAUACAACAUGGCCAGGAGCAGCAUCCGAAUGAGUUUGUUCUUCAUCUCUGUAACGCAUGUCCUCGAUCAUUCCCUAAUCAACAAAGCUUCAAGGUCCAUCUUUCGUGUCACGAAAAGAACUACGAGUGUAAAUACUGCGGCAAAGGGUUUCCAUCGGCCGUUGCCCAUGCAGGCCACGUAAACACUCACACCAAAGAGCAGCCCUUCCAGUGUUCCGAAUGUGGGAGAAAUUUUGCGCAGUACACGAGUAUGCGGCGGCACAUGAAGAUUCAUUUUGAUGAAAAGGCCUACCAAUGUGACGUCUGCUCAAAGCGGUUUCGACAGCGUUCGGUUAUGCUUACUCACAGAAGGAUACAUACUGGCGAAAAACCGUUUUGCUGUGACAAAUGCUCGAAGACUUUUCGGGACCACAGCACCCUGGCCAAACAUAAAAGGGUGCACGUUAAACCCAUGCCAGCUAAAGAGUGAUCACUACUGAACUAUCUGAUACUAUCUGAAUUCAAAUAAAACUUAUCAUAACAGUAAGCAAAAAUGU